AAUAGAUGGACAAGACAAAAAAACGCCAGGCAUUUUGGUAACCCAGCACAUCAAGCUUGAUGCUGGAACAAAUGUAUCUCAAAGCUGCCUUGGAUCAUUGGAGGAAGGUGUAAAAAUGUGGUUUGCCGCCAAUGACAUGAGCCAAAACCUGACACAGUUGUCACAGUACGUGUGUGAGGGAGAACUGUCUACUCACAGCAUGGUCACUGGAGUGUAUGCAAUGGCUGAAGGCAAUUACGUCAACUUGGUAUUGAAGAUGAAAAUGAAGUUGUAUGCCGAGGAUGAUAACACGACACUUCUGGCACACCAUGUUGAACGCUGUGGCCAAAACAUGUUAGAGUAUUUUAGAAGGGAAGCAAUGUCCAAUAUGUCUAGAGCUGCGUGGGAGCUGGAGGCAACCAAAGAUUGCCCUGCAAUGAACUUAGUAAAUGCAACAUAUGAAUCUGGCAAGUUGGCUUGUGGUUAUGGGGAAGCUGUAUCCGAAAUGACAGGCUUAUGUAUGCCCGCGCCCUCCAAUAUAGUGGUGCUGUGGUUUAAUGCAAGCAGUGCCAGGAACACUUCUAUAUCUGACGAGUGCAGUAUGUCGUAUGGUUCAAUUAUGAGCAUGCGCAUUGAAGAGCAUGCCAAGGCUAUCAAUCACUUGCUGAUGGUGACCUGCGACUCUGAUGAAAUGGUAAUUACGGGGGUACCAGGAUGGCCGCUUGUUCACCUCGAGACCUCUGGGCACAUGUCAAAGGUGAUUAUAUCUGGAAUUGUGCUUCAAAAUGGAACCGUUUCUGAGGAUGACUACAUUGAUUGCCUGAAUAAAUUUGCAAAGGCCUUCCAGGCGAACCUGCCAAAAGAAGACCUCAUUGGAGAGCGCAUGCUCGACCUGGAGGAGGAGUAUGGUAUUCUAGACGAACUGGCAGAACCAACGCUGCCUGUUAAGUACCCUCGAACUCCAGGCUGGCGUCCUAAGCCCGAGGAUAACCCUUUUAAUGGCUGGUAA